UAUUCUCAUAGUACACACAAUUCAUAAGUUCAACAGCUUUGUCGACAAGAUUUUUAGCUCUUAUAUUAUUCAUCUAGAAUCAGAUUUGUUACCUUCUUUUGAUUAGAAUAUCAGUUUAGAAGAUUAAAUCAUCAGAAAUGGAGAGAAAAGCAUCUCAAAUCCAACCUCCAACUUACGGAGAUUUGAUCACUGUUCUUAGUAUUGAUGGAGGUGGCAUUCGAGGAAUUAUUCCAGCUACUAUCCUAAGUUUUCUUGAAUCCCAACUUCAGGAGUUGGAUGGAAAAGAUGCAAGACUUGCAGAUUACUUUGACGUGAUUGCUGGAACGAGCACCGGUGGCCUUGUAACGGCCAUGCUAACGGCUCCCGACGAAAAUAAUCGUCCACUUUAUGCUGCCAGAGAUAUUACUCCAUUCUACUUAGAGCACUGUCCAAAUAUUUUUCCACAAAACAAGUGUGGUUUAUUUGCUCCAAUUGGGAAUAUAGUGCAAACUCUAAUAGGACCAAAAUACGAUGGCAAGUACCUGCAUGACGUCAUCAGGGAAAAAUUGAAAGAUACUCGCCUUAGUAACACUAUCACUAACGUUGUUAUUCCUACAUUUGAUAUCAAGAAGUUGCAACCUACCAUUUUCUCCACUUAUGAGACGAAACAAUCUGCAUGUUAUGAUGCAAAGAUGUCCGAUGUUUGUAUUAGUACCUCAGCAGCUCCUACUUAUCUUCCUGCUCAUUCUUUCAAAGUUGAAGAUAGCAAAGGCAACGUUAGAGAACACCAUCUCAUUGAUGGCGGUGUUGCUGCAAAUAAUCCGUGUUUGGUUGCAAUAUCGGAAGUAAGCAAAGAAAUUUUAAAGGACAACCUAGAUUUCUUCCCAAUAAACCCCCUGGAUUAUGGGCGUUUCCUUGUAAUAUCAAUAGGAACAGGAGCUGCAAAAUGUGAACAAAAAUAUAAUUCAUCCAUGGCAGCCAAAUGGGGUAUUGUCGAUUGGUUAUUUCACAAAGGUUCCACACCACUGGUCGAAGUAUUCACUCAAUCAAGUGCUGAUAUGGUUGAUUACCAUAAUUCUGUUGUUUUUCAAGCUUUUCAUAGUGAAAAUAGUUACCUUCGAAUUCAAGAGGAUGAAUUGAGUGGGACAGAAGCUUCAGUGGAUGUGGCUACAAAGGAAAAUUUGGAGAGGCUAGUAGAAAUAGGAGAAAAUUUAUUGAAGAAGCCACUUUCAAGGGUAAAUUUGGAAACAGGUUUGACAGAACCAAUUCCUAAAGGAGGCACUAAUGAGGAAGCCCUUAAGAGGUUUGCAACAUUAUUGGUCAACGAAAGAAGACUUCGUGAGUCAAGAUCGCCACUUAUCAAAAAAGUCUCAAAAUAAAAGUUCCUAUAUUUUGGGGAAUAUUAGGCAUAGGGGACUAACUUCGUAAAAUUCGAUUUAUUACUUUGUAUAUAGACUAUAUAGUACUAGUAUAGAAGUGUAUUCAUCAUCAUUCAUAUUCAUGACCUCUAUGUAAGAAAUGCUCUGUAGAUAGGUAUAUAUUGUCUGUACUUUGUACAAAAUUCGUCUUUCUUAUUAAUAUUCUCUAUUGUCUGGCCAAAGUCU